UCAACCCUCAUCAUAGUUUUUUCUCCUCCUACUUAGAGCCAUUAGAUCGAAUUCGAUCAUUUCGGAUUUGAUCUGAUGGUUUUGGACUUCUAAUUAGUCUAAGAUGGACAAGGUUAAGAGGUUGGCAACAGAAAAGGGUGUGGUGGUUUUCACCAAGAGCUCUUGUUGCCUCUGCUAUGCAGUCAACAUUCUGUUCCAAGAGCUUGGAGUGAUCCCUGUGGUUCAUGAAAUUGACAAAGACCCUGAGGGCAAGGAAAUAGAGAAAGCUAUAACAAGGUUGGGGUGUCCUACACCUGUUCCUGCAGUCUUCAUCGGAGGGAACCUGGUGGGGUCCACCAAUGAAGUCAUGUCCCUCCACCUUAGUGGUUCACUCACUCAACUGCUGAAACCAUAUCGAGCUUUGUCUUAAAGAAGGGUGCACAUGCAAAUUAAAUUAAAACAUGUUCCUGCUACCUUAAUUGGAAGAAUAAACAUGCAGUAUAGUAGUGUAACUACUAAGUCUAUAAUAUUGGAUAGUCUAUGCAGUGAUGCAUGUGUGAUGUAGUUAAUUAAUUUCUAGCAUUUGAUUAUUAGCUAUAUAUAAUUAAUGCAAUGUCAUAAUUAUUCUUAAUGAAGUUCUAUUUAUAUACUUGUACUGAUGUACGUCCAAGUAAAUCAUGUUAUUGAAAGUUUAAUUUA